CUUGUUUGAGCCUGGGGGCUGCCCUGGCCUGCUACUGAUCAUCAUAUGGGCUACAGCUGAGGCUGUCCUCAUCCCUGCCACUGGAAUCGCUUGAUCACAGGGAGCGUUUCCCCAUCCUCGUUCUGAAGUAACGUCCUUUCCCUGAUGACUUCGCAGAAGACCCGAUGCUGUUGCCAGAAGUGAUUGAUUGGAUAAAGUGUGCACACCACACUGUCUGCUGAUUGAAAGGAAAUGUGGCCCUCCAGGACUGGAGCUUGACCAUUAAACAGAAUGGGGAACAGAUAGCCAGCUCUGGACUUGCUCUUUUUCACCAUGGGUGCCUGCCUGUGUAAAAGUCAUAAAGAGUUCCAGAGCACCGGCCAACCGCCUGCUGCAGAACUGCAGAGUUCUAAUGAUGGACAGCCCAUCGUCAAGAGUCCCCAAAAGUCAUCUAAUGGAUCACUAUCAGACAAGAAGAGUGCCAGUGGGUAUAACGUUGGAGAACUGGCUACUUCCUCCUUGCUGGGCCUGGUGGCCACCAUUAAGGAACACAUCACCAAGCCCACGGCCAUGGCUCAGGGCAGGGUGGCCCACCUCAUCGAGUGGAAGGGGUGGAGCUCUGGGGCGGGGGCAGAGGGCACGGGGUACACCUGGGGAGGGGCGGGGGCGGGGCUGCCGGUGGAAGAGCAGCUCUACUGUCACCUGACCGAUGAGAUCAAAGAGGCCCGCUUUGCUGCGGGGGUGGCAGCACAGUUUGCCCUGGCCGAGGCUGCCAUGUGUGCCUGGUCCUCACAGGACGUCCCAGUUGAUCCAAACUGCAGCAUUGCCCCAUUGCAAGAUCCCGAUGGCCUUUUUCUGUCUCGUUUUCUGUUGGACAGCGGAGACGUAGCGGUCUCUCCGCGCCUCUAUAGUGUCAGUAUGGACCCCAGAAAUGACACUGGCCCUCUUUUGCCUCAGCUCCCGCCUGACCCGUGCUCCUCAAACUCUCCCUGCCAGCCAGUCGCUGAGCGCCCCCUACAGGAGCGGAGGACAUUGCACACCGAUGGCUUCAUCCGCCAUGCCGACAGCAGCUCCCUCUCUGAAGAUGAAGUGUUCUACAACUAGACUCGGAAACCUGGAAACACUCGCAGGAGAUUAAACUGCCACAAACUGAUGAAUUGCGGACCCAGAGAAGUGGACAAUCUUUGGAUCACUGCUCUUGAUCCGCUCCUGCUUCCUGUCGCCUUUAAGAUGAAGAAUCGGCAGGCUUACACUGGGAACUGACUGAGCGCAGGUGAUGGCACUCUGAAGGAGGGGAAGUCAUUUCAAAAUGGAGUACCUGCCAAUGAUUGUAGUGUCUGACUUUCUCCUGUUUUUCCUUUGGAGUCUGAAUAUGAAUCAAAGCCUAGUUCUAUUUUGUCCAGCAGUGAAAGAAUUGUCAUACACUGCAUAUUUUCUUUACAGAUAUAUUCUUUACAAUAUUUGCUCCUAUUGGAUCCCAAAGGCAAGACUAAAUGCAAUUAUUUGUUUCCUAAUAUGUACAUAAUAAGCUUACUAUAGGUGAGGAACAUUUUCUCCAAAAAAACGAACAAACAAAGUAACACUAUAGUUUUUUGCCAUUAUAAAAACUUUAAAACCGGUCUUUCAGCUGUGAAAUUACAUUAAACCUUGGAACAGACAAUAAAGUCCACCAAUCAGAAAACUGAGUUUACGAGAAAGGUCAUGAAGGCUAAAACACGCCUGUUUCUAAAAAUAAGGCCUGAGAUUGAUAGAUGCUGAUUUUCCUCGGUGUCUGGAUGUCUGGAGCCCUCUACACAAGUACUGAUUGGACGAAUGCAGAUUGAAUAAUAUACCUUGGGAACACUCGACUCUUGAUGGUACAGUGGCAAUAACACCCUGUAGUUGUUUUGUUGCCCAUUGUAAUAUUAUUACUGUAUACAGCACAUUCCUAUCACUGUGAAAUCCUAUUUUAGUAAAAAUUUUGUCGCAUACUA